AUGAAUGGGGCUAUUUUAGGGAUGGGUUAAAGUAUUAAAAAUAUUUAAUUUGAUUUAUGUCAAUAAUAAGAUAAUAAUAAUGGUAUUUAAUAAUUAUUUAAAAGAAUAGGAGUAUAAUAGAAGUUUGAUCUUAUUUUCGCAAAUCCACCUCGGAUUACAGUAAGUCCACUUAAUAAUGAAAGUUCUUUAGAUAUUUCUAUCUAUGACUAUAAAGAAUAAAUGCUUGAAAGUUGUUUUAGAUUUGCAUAAUAAUAUUUAAAUCAUGAAACUAAAAAAAAUAGAAAAGGAAAAUUCUUGUUGAUUUAUAGUGAUAUAUCAGAAAAUAUAGGAAUUUAAUAAAAAGGAAAAAUUGAAGAAUUGUGUAUUAAGUUUUAAUUGGUUAUUACAAGUUAAGAGUCUAUGAAACUUAUUAGUGAUAAAUAGCUUAUAUUAAAGAAAAACGAUCCUCUUUUUGAUAUUAAAUGUAAAUCGAAUGUUAUUUUAUAUGAAAUAAAUCGUAUUUGA